AUGUCGGAGCUCGACAGUCUAAUUGACGAGCUUUUCCCUGAAAAGCACACCAACGGAUGUAACUCUGCCUCUGCUCCCGGACCGUCUCGCCGGCGGUCGGAGUGGGAUGAGGAGAUCGACGACGGCCAGGAAAUCCGCACGUUCACGGGCGCUAAGAUGCAUGCUCUGCAGCAGCGUAACCCAACCUCAGUCUCCUCCUCCCGUGCGGAGCCGUCCACCUCCGCGACCACAGUCGCCCCUACUCGUUGCUCAGUCGGGCACUCCUUCGAUGAGGAUGGUGACGCCGACGGCGACGUGGGUCAUGCUGUGGCUUCCCACAACGUACCAGGAGAAUUGGUUGAUAAGGAUCUGAGUGGGCGAUCGCUUACCAGCAUGUCGAAGUCUGCGCUCUUCCCGGUCCCGUUUCCGUCUCUCUCAGGCUCGGAGGGCUCCUACGCGUGUGCCUCGCGAUGCUCUCUCACGAACCUUGGCACACCCCUCAUCCGCGAUGCCGGCCACCCGACUUUGCAUCAGCUGCGCGCCAUCGCCGCUAAUGAGCAGGCGAGCCUGGACACCUCCCGCAUUCAAGCGAUGCUGCGGAAGGGCGCGUUUCACGCUGCUAUAGCGAAACUGGGCAACGGCUGUCUGGAUCAUCACGGCGACUUUACGGUCGACGGGGGCUGCCCAAACAUUUUGUGCCGCCAGUGCAACUACAUGAUAGUGCGGCUACAGGGCGCUGAAUGGGCCGAUAGUGGCGUGAACUUGUACUUAACCCUGCGGAACUACUAUCCAGACUGGUGUCGUUUGGCGAGUGCGACGCCGGUGGGGGUGGAGGCCGGUGCCGAGGCAACCCGCAGCGUCCUGCGUUCGAGUUCGGCGGCAGCAGCCUACUGCUGCCAGUGCUCAUGGGUGACAGUGAGAAGUGCCAAGGUGUUCAUUGAAACUAGGCUGACAGACAUUACGAUGGCCAAACCUGCGAGAGAGGGGGAGCACCCGUUUGCCACCGAGCUGCCUCUGCCGCUUGGUGAAACGCGGCGACCACCACUGUGGGUGUGUCACGGCCAUACGCGAUAA